AUGCAUCUCAAGCGCGUAGCUGUCCUCACGCUCUUCAGUUAUGUCACCGCCCUUCCCAGUGACAUCAAUCUAGGCGUCGCCUUGCGAGCUUGUGAUGCUGAGGCCUGUGAUAUGGAAUGUAGAAUGGCAGGCAGCAGUGGGGGCAAUUGUGGGGGCAAUCCAGCUCUAAAUCUUCUUGGGCUUCCGUUACUUAGCACAAACACGCCCAAUUGCACUUGUUCCUGGAGCAAUUCUUCAAGUGCAGCCCCAGUCACACUUACAGCUACGGAGACCGUCACCGACGUAGAACCGUCCACGACUACGAUGACUACCACCGACACGGAAUCGGCCACGGCUACAGAGACUACUACUGACACACGGUCGCUUACGACAACACAAACUACAACUGAUGUACAGCCUACCACCGCUACAGAGACGGUCACGGACACGCAGGCGUUGACAGCCACCAAAAGUGUUACCGAAACGCAGCCUACAACAGCUACGCAAACAGUCACCGACACAAAGUCUUAUACAGUGAUGCAGACUGCUACUGACACAGAGUCCCUGACAACAAUACAGACUAUCAACAACACAAUUACAGCCACACAGACUACUACCGACACAGAAUUCAAAACACAAACCAUCAACAACACAAUCACAGCUAUACAGACUACUACCGAUAUAGAGUCAUAUACAAAGACAAAGACGAAGAACAACACCAUCACAGCCACGCAGACUACGACUGACAUAGAGUCUACUACAGCUACACUUACUAUCAACAACACACUCAUGGCCACACAGACAACCACAGAAACCGAGUCUUUCACAGCUAUGGGGAUCAUCACAGCCACUGCAUCCUUUACCGCCACCCAGACUACCACUGAUACAGAGUCCAUAACAGCCACACAAAACAUCACAGAUACGCAAACUAUGCACCACACAGAGUCCGUCACGGCUACAGAGACCAUAACCAAUACGGAAUCUGUCACAGCUAAACCCCCACCAACCACUGUAACGGACACUCAAAUAUCCACAACGACUGCCACCCAAACCGCUACCCCUUCUCCAGAAGUUGGGGCCUGCUUCUGCUGCACUGAGCAGGUCCGACUGCCGUAUGAACUGAAUGGCAAUUGUGAUAAUAUCCCAGUUUCUAAUUCGACCGACGGCUGCCCAUCCGGCGACGAUCCGAAGCGGAACCACUUGCUUUGUUGCGAUUCGAGUGGAUAUUGUACCCAGAUGUCAUAG